GAGGGACCAGUGUAGACGUGGCUGCUGUGUCAGAGCUUUUUCCAUGGAUCUUUGCUGCACUCUCUAAAGUGGGGGCUGGAGGCCUGCUUGCUUGUAACUGAACAUGGCAGGGGAUGUGAAAAGAUUCUCACGGAUGCUGCUGGAGUGUAAUAGCAAUGACAAGCUAUGUGUUGUGCGUGAACAUCAAACGGAAGUGAUCGUUGUCCCAGUUCUCCUGGUGGGACUUUUUGUCAUUGUGCUCAGUGUGAUCCUCUGGCUCCACUGCCGUGGCCUGCGAGCAAAGCAGGAGCAAUCAGCACCAGCCAGAACCCAAGUGACAAGAAAGAAUCAGCAGGAACCCUGCUCAACAGAGAACCGCUACAUCCAGCUGAGGGAGAGCUCUGUGGAGAGCCUGCUAAAUUCUGCAUCCUUGACUCUGAAAGAAUUAGAGAUACCACGAGAGAAACUCUUACCAGACAGCUUGCAGCUGAUAAAACUUGGUGCCUAUGGGAGCAUCUACAGAGCACAGUUGGAAACUGGGAGCUCUGGAAAGACUAAGGCUGUGGUGUUGAAAGCCUUGCAAGAUCCAGCUAGUCCCCAGAAAGUGAAGGAUUUCUUGGGAAGGAUUAAAUUCCAUCAAAAUCUUGGCCAUCAUGAGAACCUGGUUGAAUUGGUUGGAUGUUGUGUGGACCAGCUCCCACUGUAUAUGAUCAUGGAAGAUGUGUCUCUUGGUGACCUGCUGACAUUUCUGUGGACAUGUCGGAAGGAUGUAAUGGGAAUGGAUGGUGUCCCCUAUGACCUCACUGAGAGGCAGGUAUAUGAGGUUGGACAGCAGGUUGCAGCAGCUCUGGCUUAUCUUGAAGAAAAGAACUUGUUCCAUGGUGACAUUGCUGCCAGGAAUGUCCUUCUCCAUCACAACUUCACUGCCAAGCUCUGUGGUUUGGGCCUGGCCUACGAAACUCACACACACGGUGCCAGCUCAGUCACAUGGAAAGUGCCCGUCAAGUGGCAGGCACCAGAGAGGCUCCUGAGCAAACCCCCUACCAUCAAGGCAGACAUAUGGUCUUUUGGAAUUCUACUGUAUGAAAUGAUUACAUUAGGUGCUCCACCAUAUCCUGAGGUGCCACCUUCUGACAUCUUAUCCUACCUGCAGAAACAGAACAUUAUGAAGCAGCCCUCGAGCUGCCAGCUAGCCAUGUACUGCAUCAUGAGGUCCUGCUGGCAGUGGAGUGCAGCUGACCGGCCUUCCCCAGCACAGCUCUUGUGCUCCCUGGAAACAGCCAUGAAGACCAGCAAUGGGCACACAGUGCUGCAGGUGCCUGAGCCAGUGGUGCCUGAACUCUAUGCUGAUGCUGCUGGUGUUGAUGUGCACAGCCUGGUGAGGGAAUACACAAUCCUCUGAAGGGUCCUUUCAUAUUUUGGUAAAGGAGGAAGAAGUCUCAGAGUUUUCCCUUUCUAAAUAUUUUGAAGCUCAGAAUGAGGUGUAUAUGUUAGAAGGGAUCUCUUUGUUCUUCAGACAUCUAUAAAAUCUCCAUGCCAGACACAAGAAACUGUUAUCAUUAUUGUUAAAUCAACCUGUUGGUGUCAUUCUGCCAGUGGUCAUUUGGGAGUAAAGUGUGUUUAGGAAGCUGUAGAAAAUGAAAUGAGAAACUUGAAUUAAAGGAGUGUUAGGUUUGUGUGGCAAGGUUUUGGUGAUAGGGUGGAUGCAGAGAUGACUUCUGUGAGAAGAUGCCAGAAGCUUACCCCAGCUCCACAAUGGACCUGCUACUGGUCAAGGCUGAGCCCUUCAGCAACACUGGUAGCACCUCUGUGAUUACAUAUUUAAGAAAGUGUAAAAUAUACUGCACAACAGCAGGUGAA